AUGACUCUGUACGAGUACAGCCCUCUGCGCUUUGGAUACAUUCGAGUCUUCCGCUUGCUUCCAGCUGUCGACCAUGGCUCCGUGCUGUGGGGUGAUUUCACGCUGCUCAAUCUGCACUAUGUGACGAGAGUCAAGGCCAAUGAGGUGGACGAUCGCCCUCCUAGUCGCUCACCAGCGAACUACGAGGCCCUGUCGUACGCCUGGGGCAAGGAAGACAAGCCGAGAGUCCUGAGCACCUCAUCAGGCACCAUCGCCAUCACUGAAUCGCUCUUCUCUGGCCUCACGCGCUUAAGAAAGACGGACGUGGAGCGAUUCAUAUGGGCUGAUGCGAUCUGUAUUAACCAGGUGGACUUGGAAGAGAAAGAGAGUCAGAUCGGGAUGAUGGCGGACAUCUAUUCUCUUGCUGCCCGGGUAAUCUGUGACCUCGGAGAAGCUACUGAUGACGGUGAUUUUGAGGCGAUGAAAGUGAUGAAGAGCGCCAGGACCGACUGGGCCUGGACCAUCGAGGCUCGUGCCGAGUGUCGCGUGGCCCUUCUCCAGCUCCUGACGCGGCCCUGGUUCGGCCGCCUCUGGGUUGUGCAGGAGUUCUUCCUGGCUAGCCGGGUUGCCCUGCUCCUGGGCCGAGAGUGUUUUGACUGGAAGUCACUCAUGACUGCGCUCCUUCGUACCACGGACAGGACCAAUGCCGGCACCGUGAUGCAGAACUGGCCGUAUCUAAGCCUCUGCACGCAGCGCUACAAGCACGACCAGGAGUUCACGAGGGAACCUCUGAUCACCAAUAUCCAGAGAUACUCCUACCGCAAGGUGGGCAAUCCGAGAGAUCGGUACUUUGCCCUCCUAGCCAUGUCUUCAGAUGCAUUUCUUGGGGAACUGGCGCCAGACUACAGAAGUCCAAUAUCCGUCAUCAUUCGGCGCUUCGGACGGCACUUUCUUACCGCUUCGGAAGGCAUCAAGGCGUUAUGUGUCGCUGGGAUACAUGGAGUGACUUGCGACAACUGCUCGCAGGGCAAAUGCGAUAACUGUCUCCCGAGCUGGAUGCCGAAUUUUACAAGGGUAGGUUUCAGGAGACAUCCGUUGUUGAUGGAUGACAGGUUCCUUGCCUGUGGUCCAGUUUCAGCCCGGCUUCAAAUCGAUCAUCGAGGAGAUCAUCUCCGCCUCAUUGGGGCGUAUGUGGACAGGGUCACCAACGUCCUCGUUAGCGAUGAUGAUGACCUGCCAAACCCAGUGACCAUGUGCAGAGAGGCAAUCGAGUUCUUUCUCUGUACUGAUGAUCCGGACUCGCGAAAUAUGAGGUAUCCGUAUACGAGACAGCCCAAGAUCGAUGCAGCAUGGCAGACCAUCUGCCACCAUGGUAGCCCGGGAACAGCCAGUGCUGAUCUGACUUCAAGCUUGGAUCGAGGAUUUCGGUAUUUUCAUCGCUCGCUGCUAGCAAGCACAGGAAAGAAAAGCAAAAGCGUCCCAGAAGCACAAAAUCCGGACGACCUACAGGCUCAAUCGGUAUUCUUUAAGGCGUUCAGCGGCAAGUCAAGAUAG